AUGUCCACUAUUCCAUGUUAUUCAGUACCUCCUCCAAAUGAAAAGUCAAAGAUAUUGAAAAAAAUAUUGCUUUGGAUUUGGAUUUGGUAGGUCUUACUUUGUGGAGCUAAGGGAUAUUAUCUUUCAAAGAUUGAGUUUUUUUCAGAGUUAGUCGCUCUAGGAGUUCUUUGGUUCUCGUUUAAUUCACUAAACUAUUGCAAUUGCGUUUUUUACAUUUUUGUUUGCAUAAUGAAUGGUCUGUUUAUAAUAAUCAACUUAGCAACAAAAAUUUAAGAUGGAAUUGUAAUCACUGAUUUCUAGGAUUAAUAUUAAAAAAUAUACAUUAUACUCUCAUCAAUAAGCUUCGUAUUUUACAUAGUAAGCAUUUAUUUUGCCUUCUAAGCCUACAAAGAGUUCAAGGGAAUAGCUUAUGACAUAUUAGUAGCAACUUAAAACCAUGAAUAAUCAAUUCUUAGUUAAUUUAAUUCGCCUCUCAAGUUUAAAUCAUAUGGAAGUAAUAUGAACUCUGCUAACAAAUUAGAUUAAUAAGAAUCUUAGUAAUAAUUUAAUAUUGAUGAACUAAAAAAAUAUAAAUAAAAAUGA